UUGGCUUCGGGCAAUGGGCCAAAGAUGCUUUGAAUAGAAGUAGCAUCAACCAGAUAAAGCGCAGCGGGGUGCCUGGGCGGAAUGCAGAAGGAACGCUUGGAGGCGAUGUAGGCCGGAAAACGUUCUUCUUCUUCCUAAGUUGCCAUUGUUAGUUUAGACCGCAAGUAUAUGUGUAAACUCUGUCUACCAGUCUGCGGAGAGCAGAGCAACGGUACCCAGUCAUGGAUAGCAGAACGUUGGCAUCUGAUGUCAUCAGCUAUGAAAACGAUAGUCCCAGAGUAAGCAGUGCGAGAAGCAGUGAGUCCUGGAACCAAGAUCUGAUCGUGUAUGGAGUUUCAAUCGGCGUUCCACUCUUGCUCCUUGUCGUGAUGGUUCUCAUUUUCUGGAAACACCGGCAAAAGAUGAUUGAUGCAGAUAAGGCCAGACCUCGCCGGCAACUCCCAUCGGCAUGGCGUGGUGCCGAGCUUCUAGCUGCCAGUAUGGUCACUGCUGCUGGGUCACCGGUCAAGGUGAUUCCAGAAUGUGCUAUGCAGGUCGGUGCUCAGCUGGGUCAAGGUCGCUAUAGCAACGUGUGCCGGGCAACCAUUCGACUGCAGGAGCACAAGCAGAGAAAGGGCUCCAAAGCGGUGGCAGUGAAAAUCCUUUCAAACUCUACUGAAGACUCACACCAGGCAGUUCAGGCCAUGCUGGCAGACCUGGCGGUGAUGACAAAGCUUUCGCAGCACGACAGCAUAGUCGGCAUACUGUUUGGUGGACUAUUUCAAGGUAGUCCCUGUGUCGUUAUGGAGUACAUGGACGGCGGAGACCUGCAUACGUACAUACGCCAUGUCAAGGCUUGCUCUUCCAUCACCACCGGCAACAGCAGCAGCAGCAUCGUCACCACCACCAGCAUCAACAGCAUCAACAGCAGUCAUACUGCAGCGCUGUCCAUCCAGCAAGCCAUUGGCGUGGUCCUGCAAGUAGCUAAGGGUAUGGCCAUCUUGGCUGAGCACAAGGUCGUCCACCGUGCCGUGUCCGCUCGUAACAUGCUGGUGCGCGAACACGGAAAUGGCAGCUUGCAGGUGAAGAUAUCCGACCUUGGCGUGGCGAGGCAACUCCUAAACAGCCACGAGUAUCACCAGCUAACGAUGAACACGGACGCCAUGAAGUGGAUGGCUGUGCAGGCAAUGCGUGACGGAGUAUUCAACACGGAGAGUGACAUAUGGUCGUUUGGAGUUCUUGUGUGGGAGGUCCUGACAUGUGGCGAGGUUCCGUACUCUGAUGUGGAGAAUUGGCUGCUACCAGCGGUGCUUCAGAGUGGAAAGCGUCUUAUGAAGCCACUCUGCUGUCCUCAUGAUGUGUACGACUUGAUGACUUCCUGCUGGUGUUUGGAUGCAUCAGCUAGGCCAUCAUUCAGCCAGCUGGAGACAGCGUUUUCGAAUAGGCUUCAGGAAAUGAAGGUCAAGCAAGCAGACACAUGUAACAAUGAAAAGGAGGCAGCACUGCAGAGAUCUCCCCUGGAAAACAUGACCGGUGACCAAGAUAUGUCAACGGAGAACUCGGCUACGGAAUUCGGUCUCUCCCAUCUGACAGUCCAGAGCAGGGACCGAUCACAAUCGACAUCGCUCGUCCUACACACCAUCGCAACACCAUUCCACACAUUUCAACCGACCAGGCGCUACACCUUGCCCCCGGGUAUGAUCAUAGUCGACUCCAGUGAUACUGCACAUCCGGGUCAUGCUGUCAUGUAUGAGCAAUGACAUAGUAAUGAACAAGUAUCACCAGCCAUGUAUGCUCGUCCCGCAUAUUAUUUAAUUAUAUGAAAUGAGUAUGUACAUGGCUGCUCAGUGAAAUCCAUUCGUGUCACAACAAAGAAAUGCGCCGGGCGUUGCGUGACUCUAGACUUGCGAACGCUGGACUGCGAAAUGGUGCGCAACACAAACUCGAAUGACACGACUGGGUUUCAUGAGCUGGACUGUGUCUGAUGUCCAGUGAGACUUGUACAGCCUGUAUGUGGGCCAUGGCCGAACUAACACAUACAGAACAAGCACACGCACACACAUACAGCUCCAGUGACACACAUAAUUAAUCAUACGGUGGGCUGGUACGGCCCUGACGACAUCCCGGCAGGAGGCUAUGAAAUUACGGCACUCUUAUAGUGUGCAGAGUGCUACCAAACUGCAGUACUACUAGGCAUUCCUUGCACAUACCUCACUAGAUUCUAUUCCAUUUCUACACUACAGUUCUUUUGGUACAUGUACCAGUAGAGUAAGGGUGAUAGUAGCGUGCCAUCUGUGUAUACUCAGAAAGUGGUGGACAUCACGCAACUGCAUUGUAAAUAAAAGCGGUGUGUAAGUUGCCAAAUGCCGCCGAGUGUGUGCCUAAAAGCAACCAGGUAUGAUACACUCAGAUGUAACCAUGCAUCAUGCUAUGAUACUGAAGCGGCACAAGGACUAGUGAUUGGCCGGCCUGUAGACCUGGACAUGUAGCUAGGAGUAGCCGCAGGAGGGAUGUACAAGCCAUCGGUUCUAAUCUAACAAUUAUUGUCAUCUGUUGGCAUUUUUGCUUUGCUUCAUGUUGGCAUGGCACACGUGUGGUAUGAUCUCAUGAUCUCCUGCAUUUCUUGAGCUAUUUGUAAAACCUGUUUGAGUACCAAUGUUGCUAUGGACAAUGUUGCUAUGGACAAUGUUGCUAUGGAUUAUGCGAUAGUCAUAGUGGCGACAGUGCCAACAUAUCCAUUGUGCUACUUCCAAGUUUGCCUGUAUGUAGCGACAGGGCUGUAGUGAAUUUGCUACACCGGCCUACUCCCUAGAUUUCAAUCUAUAUUAUGGAUAUGGCACAAUCAACUGUAGGUUUAUGUUUUACAUGCUAAGUUUGUUUCCAUAGUAUGAGCA